CGCGACGCGCGGAGUGGCCUGAGCUGACGGCAAGGAGCCGCGGAGGGGUGGGGGCGGGCAGGGUGCCAAGCGUCGGCCACACUGGACAAGCGCGAGGGACUACUUUCUCCUCUGGCUCGCAGGAAGUCUCGGACCACGGGGGCAGCACUCCCCUGCCUGAGGUCCGUGCUUCUCGCUGCCGAAAAUUUGAAUUUGGAACCGUCCCGAGCGCGCGCCCACUGACUCUCCCUUGCCAUUGCCAAGGCGCGCGCCUUAUUGGCUUGACCCUCCUCAUCCAGUGCACGCGCAGCGCCUCAAUACCACCCCCCCCUCCAAUAAAAUGGCCGAGGAGCAAGAGCUGAUCAGCGCCUCUGAGUUUAGUAAAGAUCGUUUGUACUUCGCAACUCUGAGAAACAAGCCGAAAAGUACAGUCAAUACGCAUUACUUCUGCAUUGACGAGGAGCUGGUUUACGAAAACUUCUAUGCAGAUUUUGGACCACUCAACUUGGCCCAACUGUAUCGAUAUUGCUGCAAACUCAACAAGAAACUGAAAUCAUUUACUUUGUCAAGGAAGAAGAUUGUCCACUACACCAGCUUUGAUCAACGAAAACGAGCUAAUGCAGCAUUUCUAAUUGGUGCCUAUUCACUUCCUGGAAUAGAACAGUUGGCACUCACUCUUGAUCCCAAAAAAAGCUGCUACAAAGACUUGGUGGACUCCAUGGUCAUUUAUCUUCAAAAAACACCAGAAGAAGCUUACAGAUCUCUCGUAGCAGGAAAGAACCCUCCUUAUCUGCCAUUCAGAGAUGCCUCCUUUGGAAACUCCACAUAUCACCUAACCAUUCUGGACUGUUUGCAUGCAAUUAAUCAGGCCCUCCAACAUGGCUUUCUAAAUUUUGAAAAAUUUGAUGUGGAUGAAUAUGAGCACUAUGAGCGUGUAGAAAAUGGUGAUAUUAAUUGGAUCAUCAGAGGCAAGUUUCUGGCUUUCAGUGGACCCCAUCCAAAAAGCAAAGUUGAAAAUGGUUAUCCUCUCCAUGCACCAGAAGCAUAUUUUCCAUACUUCAGAAAACAUGGUGUUACCACAAUAAUCAGACUUAACAAGAAAAUUUAUGAUGCUAAACGCUUUACAGAUGCUGGCUUUCUACAUUAUGACCUUUUCUUUGUUGAUGGAAGCACGCCUAGUGAUUCCAUAGUGAAAAGGUUUUUAACAAUAUGUGAAAAUGAAGAAGGAGCUAUUGCUGUGCAUUGCAAAGCUGGUUUAGGACGAACAGGUACAUUAAUAGCCUGUUACAUAAUGAAACACUACAGAUUUACUGCAGCAGAAGCCAUAGGAUGGAUUAGGAUAUGUCGACCAGGGUCUAUAAUAGGCCCACAGCAGCACUUCUUGGAGGAGAAGCAAGGCCACAUGUGGCUUGAAGGUGAUAUUUAUAGGUCCUUGAAAAGACGGCAGAGUACCGAUAAAGAAUGCACUGGAUUAUCCCGGAUCAUUUCUGGCAUUGAUAGUCUUUCACUUGGUGGAAGCAUGAAAAUGCAUUCCUUAGAUAAGGCAAUAGAGAACAAUUAUACAGAAGAUGGAAGUCCAGCAACAACAAAUUAUAUGACUCAGGGAGAUAAACUUCGUGCCUUAAAAAGUAGGAGGCAACCACGAUCAGCAACAACAGGAACACUAAGGUUAGAUGAUAUGAAAAUUCAUUCAAGAUCUCCAUCACAGCCAUUCAGAAUCAAUUCUUCAAGUACUAGCCAAGGAUCAAUGUCACCUCUCAAAUCCUCAAAGAUCUCAAUGAAUUAUCCAAGUGCAAGAAGAAUUAGCAGAAGUCCUAUACCCAUGAACAGUAAUAUGAAAAGCUUCUCCAUAAACUCCAGGCUAGGCAGUUCACUAGGAAAUCUUUAUGCUGCCCCUGACGAAACUGAGAACGCUAUGACAUCAUCUCCUAGGACAAGUUUUACAUCUGGUUAUCCCUCCAACCAGCUGUAUAGCAGCUCGCAGCUUUCUGCGAGAUAUUAUCAUGAACUGAACAACAACUACCAUGGCAAAAGCAACAGUGGCACUAUCUGCAAUAUCCCCAUCAAUAACAGUACCAGCCCGAAAGAUGAUUACAACGGUAGAUCCACCUGCAGUGGUGUCGGUCCUGCCACCAUGCGAUACCUAAGUCGUUCACAUCCCUCACUUCAAUCUGAAUAUGUUCAGUACUAAAGCAUCACUACUUCGCUGAAAAUGGAAAGUAUUGUGGCUGAAAAAGCAAAGAAACUGAAGUGAAGAUUAAUCUUCCUGGGCUAGAAACUAGGCAACCUUAAUGUUUAAAGAUUUGUAAAUGGCCAGUAAUUGCUGUAUUGCAUUGGCAGUACUUUCAGAAGGACUUUUCUGCUUUCAUGACUGCAGUCUUCAUCAAGUAUUGGGAGCUGAUAAAUCAAAAGAAAUGCAAAACUUUGAUUCCAGUUGAUGACUAG